AAGUCUCUAUCUCUAUCUCUCUCUCUUUUUGUUGGGGGCCUCUGGAAUCAAGUUAUAUCCGGACAUCCAUUUCUGUACACUGUCGCUGUUCAAGGGUUUUCUAUUACGGUCCUCUGUUCAUUCUCUUUAUUUUGGUCACCGUCACCUCAUGUAUAUCUCCCCUUUUGCGCCCCUGCCCUGUUUCUAGAAAUUCUCUCUCUCUCUCUCUGUCUCUCUCUCUCUCUCUGCUUUUCUUGAAUCCUAGGUCUUUCUCCCUUCACUGAACAUGUUGUCUCCAUGAUGGUGAGGGGGUGGAGGAGGCUGCUCGGGGUCUACUGGGUCGAGCUCAGUGUCACGCCGAUUCUUCGUAUCGAGUUGUUUUUGUAGUAAAGUUACGAGCUUUUUUCCAUUUGAUCUCAGUGGGUUCUUUGAGUAUUUUUCCAUGGCGUAUCACCAACCGGUGGCCAGCUCUCCAUUUGCUGGAGUCGGGGAUACCACCUACACGAAGGUGUUUGUGGGGGGGUUGGCUUGGGAGACUCAGAAUGACACUUUGCGCCGUUAUUUUGAGCAGUUUGGGGACAUUCUUGAGGCAGUUGUGAUCACCGACAAGAACACCGGCCGAUCCAAGGGCUACGGUUUUGUGACAUUCCAUGAUCCCGAAUCUGCGAGGAGGGCUUGCGAAAAUCCCAGCCCAGUUAUUGAUGGCAGGAGAGCUAAUUGUAAUUUGGCUGCUCUCGGACGGCUUCGUCCGCCUGUUUCUUUUGGGCGGAUGAGACCGGUAGUUCCUCUUAUUGGAAGCGUGCAGACCCCAAGGAGUACAUAUGUUGGAAGCCCUUCUUACCAGCAACCAAGCACUUAUGGUUAUCAACCUGGAUUUGUAUAUCCUCCCUAUGGGUACGCAACAUAUGCACCUGAGUACGUCUACCCGCAGACUUUUCAGAGUGCUUACAACCCUUAUCUGGCCCAGAAUUACGUUCAGAUAUAUGGUGUGCCUGGCACGGCCAGUGCAGGUCUAUACUCGUACGGACAAGUGGGACAUCCACCUUCGAGCAGUUAUGGCUACGCUUCCCCACAAAGUUAUGCUAUGCCAAAUCAGCAUGUAGUGCAAUUUGCUGGACCAAAUGUAAAUGGUGCUACAGCUGCAAUCCCUGCACUUCAAGCACCAUAUCCUGCAGGUAUGGCUGCACCAGCUCCUGGACAAGCACAGAUUAUAGUUACUGCCCACUCCCCCCAGUUCACUAGUGGUUCUGAUCAAACAGCUGGUUGAAUGGUGAUCAGAAAUCACAUUGACAGGUAAUCCUUAGAUUGCCACAGGACUUAGAGCAGCAGUUCUGCUACUUGCGUGGCAGGCUUCAUAUCUAGCCUUGCAAGCUGUCAUCUUGGCAUCUAGAGAUCAACCUCUAGCUGAUGAUGCUCCCUGUUUUUUACCACUGUCAUCAUGUCAUCCUUUUUUGUGAAUCAUGAUACCAGAGAGUCAGUUGUAAGAUGUUGAGUCACUUCGAACUCCGGAGUCAGGUGCAUGGAAGAGCCAGGGGCGCUCUUCCACCGCGUCAGUAGAACGUGUUCUCACGCCAUCGCUCGGACUAUUUGCCAUGGAAAGAUCCGAUGGCGCCGUUUUGCAGGAAACAGGGUUUUUCCUGCGGUCAUGUGAAACACCGUCUCCUCCCUGUACCUUAAGGAAUCAUUGUCUGAUUCUUUCGGGACGGAUCUUGUACCCGGGUCGGUUCCGCGGUCCAUUCCUAGCGUAACCCUCGAUUGUUUCCGCACAUUUGGAUGAAAGUGCUGUUUCGCAUUGAUCCUUGAUUGUUUGUUUUGCCUUAUCAAUUGGAUGACGUGUAAAACAAUUCCCUAGCUUACAUCAUUUUCUUCCCACUCUGUUCCGUGCUCUGAUAAUUGAGACAAUUGAGCUUUUAUUA